AUGACAUCGACGGCCACUACACCAGCGGGGAGUCGACUCAAAUUUAAGGAAUACUCUCCGCACAUUGAAGUCAGCUUUUGGUACGAGCUUGAGCGGCGGAAACUUCACGAAUGGCGUCUGCAGGAGCCGGUGGUGCCUUUGACGCUCUUUGGGACGGUAAAUUCUGCGUACACCGCCACUCCUGCGAAUAUCGUCUCUGCGAGGCGAGAAAGUCUGGGGAACGACACCGAUGCGAUUGUCGCGGGACUGCCGCAGAAUCCACUGGUGGGUGUUGCUGCUGCUACUGACACGAAUGCGCCUUUUCCGAUUCCUGUGCUUUUGAGUGGGGAACUGCAAAACUUUAAUACCCUUGAGCAGCUCUGUAAGCUGCCACGACGGGAGGCAAUUUGGCGUGUGUUGAAAGAAAAGUUGCUCAUUCCACUUUUUUCUGGCAAGGGAAGUAAAACCAUCGAUGUCAACGAGGAUAGGAAGGCGGCUGAAAUCCUAGUCGAUAAGGUCUGGGAAGGCAUCAAUUUUGCUCUCGCCGCUCUUUUCACUUACGCUGAUCUGAAAAGUCAUCGAUUCCACUACAUGAUGGCGUUUCCUGUUUUGGAUCUUGGAUCGCCUGUUGACGUCAAGCAUCGUGUGAAUGGUGGUUACGCCGCCCUUGCAACGGAUCACGGUGUCUCGUAUUUUUCUAGCCGCAAAGCUGUGGACCGAAUACAUGCACAUUUGCUGGACCAACUGCGGCGUCACCCAGAGCGUGGUCCAAAUCCCUUUAUUGUCACUUGCCAGGCGUCAGGCCAUGGGGAAAAUGAAGAGGUGAUUUUUUAUCCUUUUACAUUCUCUACCAUCAAUAAAAUGAAGGAGCUGUCGUUUCUUGUUGUCAUGGCAGACGUCUCUACUAUGGAGGAUUUCCCCGGAUGGCCGGCACGCAACGUGAUUGGCGCACUUCGUCUCGCCCGACCGUCUAUAACGGCAUUUGCAUUGUACUGUAUCCGCCACAACGAAGUAGAAAGGAGUGUUGUAUUUGAAUGCACUUGCGACCCACUGAGCUAUACAUUUGAAGACGUGAUGACAGAAGGAACUGAAGGGAAACAAAACGCCUUUGCAAGAGCUGUUGGAUGGACCGAGCGGAAAAGUGCCGAUUCCCCUGUGAGUUGCAUUGAUCUUGGUGCCAUGAUGGAUCCAGAACGUUUGGCAGAGUCCAGCGCUCGACUAAAUCUUAGCUUGAUGAAGUGGCGCAUGUUGCCCGAACUCUCUCUUGAUGGAUUGGCCUCCUGUAGGGCUCUAGUUCUUGGGAGUGGAACUCUUGGCUGCAAUGUGGCGCGUCAUCUUUUGAUGUGGGGUGUCACCAAAAUAACACUUGUGGAUCGUGGCAACGUCUCCUUCUCUAAUCCUGUGCGACAAACACUUUUUGAGAUGUCUGACGUCAUUAACCCUCGACUGGAGGAGCGCAAUAAGGCCGUUGCCGCUGCCAAGGCUCUCAAGCGCAUCCUUCCCACCGUGGAGGCGCAUGGCGUGCCGUUGACAAUACAUAUGCCGGGACAUCGCAUAGACAAGCAGCGUGAACCAGAGGUCAUUGCUGAGGUUGAACGACUUGAUACACUUAUUCAAGAACACGACGUUGUUUUUCUUUUGACGGAUAGCCGAGAGUCUCGGUGGUUACCAACGCUGAUGGCUACUACACAUAAUAAACCCCUCAUUAACGCAGCGUUGGGGUUUGACACCUAUGUUGUCAUGCGUCAUGGCCUUGAACCAAAAGAGGGCAGUGGAGGUUCCCGGUUGGGGUGUUACUUUUGCAGCGACGUUGUGGCUCCACGGGACAGCAUGACUGCACGCUCGCUUGAUCAGCAGUGUACCGUCACGCGUCCUGGGCUUUCUGCAAUUGCCUCAGCGACGGCAGUGGAGUUGUUAGCGCAGUUGUACAACCACCCCCUAGGAUUUGCGUGCCCUCCGUAUACGGAAACGGAAAUGCAAGAAGUACACUUGCAGCAACCUGGGGACUCCAAAGCUACAAAUCCUACCGACACAAAUGGAGCAGUGUGCGUUCUUGGAAAAAUUCCACAUCAGAUUCGAGGGAGCGUUUUAACACACUACAUUUAUACGCUUUACGGCUACCGCUAUGAAUCGUGUACGGCGUGUUCUGACUCUGUGGUGGGAGCGUACCGAAGAGAACGGCAAUCCUUUGUGUUACGCUGCGUAAACGAUCCUCUGUAUAUUGAGGAGGUAUGUGGUGUAAAAGCUUUCAAGGAGAGCUUUAACCUUGAGGAUCUUGAUGAGUGGGAUGUCGAUUCUCAUAGCGACUGA